AUGGACUCGAUCAACCAUUCUGACAAGCAGCAAGAUAUUGAUGAUAUGGUAGCCCCAGGGGCUGAUGACAACGGGUCGGGCGUAGUUGUCCUUCUGGAGGUUCUCCGGGCCCUAGCUCCUCUGUUCGCAGAGAAACACGUUGUGAAUGAGGUUCAAUUUCACUGGUAUGCCGCCGAGGAGAUUGGUCUGCAUGGCUCAGACUCCGUUUUCGCACAAUACCAAAAUCAGUCCUGGCCGGUCAAGGCCAUGUUGAACCUCGAUAUGGUGGGCUAUAGGGGCGAUCGUGAUGAGGAACUACCCACCAUUGCGGUACAGGGGGAUCACAUCGACGAGAAUCUGAAGGCCUUCACCAAGAAGCUGAUCGGGACAUACCCAAACGCAACAGCAGGCGACAUGGCCUGCGGUUACCCGUGCUCCGACCACGCCAGCGCCUUCAAGUACGGCUUUCCCUCCGCCAUGAUCGGCGAGUCGGCUUAUAUCAAUAGCCAAGCUGGGCGGCCAAAUGGAUACCCCUGGAUCCACUCAGCAAACGACACCAUCGAUCAUAUCGACUUCGAAUACAUGCUGGAGUUUGCCAAGGUUGCUGCGGGAUUCAUCGUGGAGCUGGCCUACACCAAUUUCUCGACGCUUGGCUGA